AUACUAGAGUUACCUUCCCCUGACAAACAGAACUUGUCGUCUGCGCUUUCUUUUGGUGUAUACUAUGUUACGAAGAAAGAAGCAAACCAACAAAGCGGAGAAUGUUUAUUAGGAUCAAAUAUGGAGAUCACCAGAUGAUGUUGGUCAACACUGAUUGUCAGAGAGUCCACUUCGAAGAGUACGUCCGGAAACAAUGUCCCUUGAACAAGAAAGAAGUCCUUGACCUAUGCGAUCAGACCGGGCAGCUGGUGGGUCUACCGUCCAAGAAUUUAUCGGAAUACGUAAGCACUUGCACGCAGGAAAGGAAGAUCUACUUUCCGAUUGCGCUUCGUAUAGGGCGCCCCAACCACCAGGUGAAAGAAGUACGACCUAUGGUGAAAAAUUUUGCCAAAAGGUUCCCGGAUUUGAUGGAAAAUCUGGAUGCCCAGACAGCAAGUUCAAAGCCACAAUUACUAUCACCAUUACCCAGAAAGAAGGCACAAGCACAGCAGAAAAAGGGAAAAAAAUUAAAGUAGGCUACAUAGUUUAACACCAGCUUAUAUUUGGUGGACAACUUCAGCCAGGAGCAUUUAUAUUCCUUUGACCGGCAGUUACAAAAUGAAAAUCCUCAACCUUUCACUAGAUCUGAAUGUUUGUCACAUGUAAUCAAAUUAGGAUUUAUAUGUAAAUGGGUAUGUAUCUAACAUCUCUUGGAUUAACUAAUGCAUGUAUCAUGCAGAAAUGCAGGUUAAGAAAUGACACGGACUUAAGAGCCAUAAGCUAUUUAAUAAUAAAAUAAUAACAAACAAACAAAAA